AAGCAGCAGAAAUUGGUAGAAAUUACAAAAAUUUCUUGUGAUCAUUGCUUUAGGCACUCGCGACUUGCUUUCCAUUGAUAAUUUGGCUGGCGAUAUGGCAACACUUAUCCUCUUUUGUCAGCUUGACAGCCCGUCAGCAACCACAACAUAACCUAUCUCUAUUAAGUCAAAAACGAACUUAUGUGGAAAACCACAUCAAUUUAUUUUCUAGUGAUUUUAGUUCAGUUUUAGUAUUUUAAGCAGCUCAAGUACGAUUUAACAAUGACGAAGGAAGUGGAGGCACGUGGUAAAAGACGCACUAGCAGAUCUUUAUCCCCUGAUAGGGAAAAUGGGAAGAGGUCAAAGCACAAGGACCGUAAGAAAAAGCGCUCAAGAUCAAAGUCUCGCGAACGUAAACGUCGCAGAACAGAAGAAGAUGAUACUCCCAGAGAAUACCCCAGAUACUAUGGAGAGGAUAGGCAAAAUAGUGAUAGCUACUGGAAUAAAUAUCCUAAGAAGGUUACUAGGGAUCCUGUUGGUCCCAGGUACUAUGAUGCUGGUGGUGCAGCAAAAGAAACAGAGAAAGCAACGUCAAAGGAAAAGGUAGAGGGGAGUGAAAAAAAGGAAGAAAACGUAACUGAGGACAAAUCGGUCAUAAAGCCACGAGAACGCAAAACUGUUGACAUGCUUACCUCGCGCACUGGUGGAGCCUACAUUCCUCCUGCAAAGCUUCGGAUGAUGCAGGAGAACAUUACAGACAAAUCGUCUGCAGCAUAUCAAAGAAUUGCUUGGGAAGCAUUGAAAAAGUCUAUCCAUGGUUAUAUCAACAAAGUCAACACAUCCAACAUUGGAAUCAUUACAAGGGAACUGUUGCAUGAGAACAUUGUCAGAGGUAGAGGUUUGCUAUGCAAAUCUAUUAUCCAAGCUCAAGCUGCAUCUCCCACUUUCACCAACGUCUAUGCAGCUUUGGUCGCGGUGAUCAAUUCAAAGUUUCCAAACAUUGGAGAGCUACUAUUGCGAAGACUGGUGCUGCAAUUCAAGCGAGGUUUCAAACAGAAUAACAAAGCAACGUGCAUCUGCUCAGUUACUUUUGUCGCGCAUUUGGUAAACCAAAGAGUAGCUCAUGAAAUCCUCGCAUUAGAGAUCCUCACUUUGCUCGUGGAAAGCCCUACGGAUGACUCGGUAGAGGUGGCUAUAUCCUUUCUGAAAGAAUGUGGUCAGAAACUGACAGAGGUAUCGAGUAAAGGCAUAGCGGCGAUUUUUGAGAUGCUGAGGAAUAUCUUGCAUGAAGGUCACCUGGAGAAGAGGAUCCAGUAUAUGAUUGAAGUUAUGUUCCAAAUAAGGAAGGAUGGAUUCAAAGAUCAUGCUGCUGUGAUUGAGGAGUUAGACGUGGUUGAAGAAGAGGAUCAAUUCACUCAUCUUAUCACCUUGGAUGAUGUUAAGCAGGCUGAUUCUGAGGAUAUUUUGAGUAAGUAUAUUUCAAAAAUGCUGUCAAAUGUGUUUAAGUUCGACGAUAAAUACGAAGAAAAUGAAGGCAAAUACAAAACUCUUAGCAAAGAAAUCCUUCAAAGUGACAGUGAGAGCGGUUCUGGCUCAGAAGCGUCAGGAGACGAGGAAUCUGAUGAUGAGGAUGACGAGGGGCCAAAAGAAGCCAGCAAAAUAAUCGAUAGCACUGAAACUAAUCUAAUCACACUCAGAAGGACCAUCUACUUGACCAUUCAGUCGAGUUUGGAUUUUGAGGAGUGUGCACAUAAAUUGUUGAAGAUGGAGUUGAAACCCGGCCAGGAAAUUGAAUUGUGUCACAUGUUCCUGGAUUGCUGUGCUGAACAGAGGACGUACGAGAAGUUUUAUGGAUUGCUAGCGCAGAGGUUCUGUCAGAUUAACAAAACUUACAUUGAACCUUUUCAACAGAUUUUCAAAGACACCUAUGCCACAACCCAUCGUCUGGAUGCCAACCGCCUCAGGAACGUAAGCAAGUUCUUCGCUCAUCUCCUAUUCACGGACGCGAUUGGCUGGGAAGUUCUCGAUAUAAUGAAGCUUAACGAGGAGGAUACGAAUAGCUCCAGCAGGAUCUUCAUCAAAAUCUUAUUCCAGGAGUUGGCUGAAUACAUGGGAAUGGGAAAGCUGAACGCCAGGUUAAAAGACGAGACUCUCCAAGAAUAUUUUGCAGGGCUGUUCCCCAGAGAUAAUCCAAAGAACACAAGGUUCUCAAUUAACUUCUUCACAUCAAUUGGUCUAGGAGGACUGACAGAUGAGCUCAGGGAACACUUAAAGAAUAUCCCGAAGAAUUUCCCCGUCAAGACCAACCCAACAGAGGAUAGUAGCAGCAGUUCAAGUAGUUCAAGUGAAUCUAGCAGUGAGGAAGAAACUGAAGAGUCAUCCAGCUCAGAAGAGGAGAAUACAAAGAAGAAGAAGAAAACGACGAAUAAGGAGGGUAAAAGGAAAUCGCCUACGCCUGAAGAAAGGCACCGAAAGAAAGAUAAAGAGCACAAAAGUAGAGAUAAGAAAAAUGAAACUCGGAAGCAUGUAAGUAAAAGAAGUGAAGAAGAUUCGAAUUCAAGAGAUAAGCGAAAAGAUGCUGAUCCUCCAAAACCCAGAAAGGAUUAUGGAUGGGUAAAAAGUAGGCAUGAGGACAACAUCCAACAAUUGAGAGACCAAAAAAGGUAUUUGAAAGAUCAUCUAGGAGAAGAUCGAGAUCUGGAACUAGGGAAAAGGAGAGGGUACGACAAAGGAUAAAUGAAGAAAAAGAAAGGAAUCAUAGGGGUAGGGAUGACAGAGAGAGAAGAAGGAGUUAGAGCUACUCUGUAGUCAUAAUGUAAUUGUGGAAUUUUGUUUAUACAUGUAUCUUUUUUUACAAAAUAAUGAUUAUUUUGUUAUAAUUA